AUGCGCCAAGUAGAUGAAGGGGUGGUUGCGAACUCGUUUAAUAGAGGAGACAAGACUGACCCAGGAAAGUACAGGGGGAUCACACUGUUGAGCACAGUAGGGAAAGUGUUCUGUAAGCUCCUGAACGAUGUGAUAGUGGGAGUAUUGGAGAAGGAACAUAUGAUAAGUGGGGGCCAGGCAGGUUUCCGAAUGAAGAGGGGGGAGGGGAAGCCGACGUACUGCUUCUUCCUGGACGUGCAACGAUACAGUACGGAGAAAUGGGCUGUGGAAACAAUUGUCCAAGUCCAAAUGACAGAGUGUACGAAAUGCGCGGUUAUGCUAGACGAAGAACUGUCUAAAUUCUUCAACAUUGAACAGGGGGUCCCACAAGGUUGCACUUUGUCCCCAAUAUGGUUCCAGGGGAGAGCGCGGUGUCGAGAAUGCUGUUUGUCGAUGAUGUCUGACACCCCUGAGGGACUGCAGACGCAAAUUGAUGCGGCCAAGGAGUUUGCUGAUAAGUGGAGAUUGUCUGCCAACGUUAAGAAGAGUGCCGUCAUGGUAUACAAGGAGAACAAGGAGGAACCAGUAGAACAUAGAUGGAAGUGGGGCAUCGAGGAGAUUGCACUAGUGGACCAGUACACAUACCUCGGAGUAGAGAUCGCAAAAGACUGCUCGUGGAAUGCACAAAUGUCCNCAGCCGUCAUGGCAGAACUGGCGAUCCAAUCCCUCCGAUCGGGACGAGACGCGAGGAAGCUGACAUGGCAGUAUCGCGUGUGCGGUAUGGGAGAGGAUAGGUUGCCGAGAAUAGCCUGGGAGGUGAAGUGGGAAGACGGGGAAAACAAGAAGAGUGGUAAACAACCCACGGAAUGGGUCAAGAAUCCAAGAAAAGAAACCAAGGAUAAGGAGGGCAUAGAAGUGUACGGAAUGUUGAAAGAAGCAAUAUGUUUCAAGGAGUACCUACUACAUGGACCAACGGAUGCAGGAACAAAGCUGAAGGUCAAAUUCAGGACCGGGGACAUAGGCCUUCGAGAACGUCGACGAAGACAUAGGACGGUAGACGAGGAAGACGACGAGUUCAAAUGUGAUUGCGGCUUCGAAUGCGAAGACCGUGUUCAUGUAGUCGCGGAAUGUCCGUUGUACAAGAAGGAGAGGGAAGUGUACAUGACUGAGCUGGGAAAAAUAGACGAAAAGUACAGGGAGAUGUUUGAGGCAUGGGAUAGCCAGGAGAAGACGUUAGCUGUACUGGGGCAUAGGAGGUGGGUGGAAAAGGCGGGAAGUGAUAUCGGUAGAAGUGAUAUCGACGUGAGCCAGUCCGAAGUCGGACACCUUCGCCCCGCCGUUGCGGAGCAGAAUCUUGUGGCUUUUGACAUCACGGUGCAGCACACCACCUUGAUGGAGGUACUUCAACCCCUGUACUUCAACCCCUGUCCAAAGAAUCCAGAAUUUACCCUCAACUGGGAACCUCUUGUGGCCAGGAUGGGUAAUUCGAUGGAAGUGUCACAAGGUGCUUUGUAGGAUCGACUCCAAGAGGUGUUCACAGGACUGACACACAUUGCGUCCUUGGGAAAAUAUCCAAGUCAGGAGAAAUAGUGUGCACCCAAGGAGAUUCGAACCAGUAUUCCGCUGACGCCAUAUGCAAAGGUGUACCGAUUCAG